AUUCGGUGGCACUGCAACAACGCUAAACAAAACAAGAGGAGAAUACCUAACUUCUCACCACACCAAGAGGCAGCAGCAGCAACAGCAACAGCAACAGCAACAGCAACAACAACAACAACAGUUCCAAAACCAUACCUUAAAAUUUAUGUUCGAUUUCGUCUAGGUUCAGAAUGACAACGUUGUUGUCUCCCUGAAUCCAUCACUGUAACAUAGUAGUAGCUAUGUGUGUUGUUAUUCACUAAGCCAAGCUUUAUCACACAUCACAAGCUCACAAGCUCUAUCUGGUUGAUGGGUAGGAACAAAAUCCAACUAUUUGAUGACAAACGAGAUGGGUUUUUCUCUGUCUGCGAUUUGGGGUACCAUCAUCCCGGAGGCUUGUUCGCCAGCGUUGGUCAAAGGGGAAUGGGGUUCGGUGAUGUGCAACCCAACAACCCUUCUGAUUCCCGGAACAACAAUGGUGGAUUGAAACUUCCCUUUAACGAUUUGUAUGCAAAGUAUGUUCAGUCACUGGGGAAAGUUGAGAUUGUUGAUGAUGAUGGAGUUAAGGUUAAGAAGAAAAAGGGUGGCUUUGCUCUCAGAAUUAAGAUCAGGAAUCCUUCUAUCAGGAGGUUGUUUAGUGGGGCCGUUGCUGGGGCGAUUUCGCGGACCGCGGUGGCGCCUUUGGAGACUAUAAGGACUCAUUUGAUGGUGGGAAGUAGUGGCAGUUCUACCUCUGAGGUGUUCCAGAAUAUUAUGAAGAUUGAUGGUUGGAAGGGGUUGUUUAGGGGUAAUCUUGUUAAUGUCAUUCGGGUUGCGCCUAGCAAGGCCAUUGAGCUAUUUGCUUUCGAUACAGUAAACAAGAACUUAUCACCUAAGCUUGGGGAGCAGUCCAAAUUCCCAAUUCCUGCAUCAUUGAUUGCAGGUGCCUGUGCUGGAGUGAGUUCAACUAUAUGCACAUAUCCUCUUGAAUUACUUAAGACUCGACUAACUAUCCAGAGAGAUGUUUACAAUGGUCUACUUGAUGCCUUUGUGAAAAUAAUUCGAGAAGAGGGUCCUUCAGAACUUUACAGAGGCCUCACUCCUAGUCUUAUUGGAGUCAUUCCAUAUGCUGCCACCAAUUACUUCGCGUACGACACUUUGCGAAAAACAUACCGGAAAGUUUUCAAACAAGAGAAGAUUGGUAACUUUGAGACCCUUUUGAUUGGUUCAGCAGCUGGUGCUAUUUCAAGCACUGCAACUUUUCCGCUCGAGGUGGCUCGCAAGCAUAUGCAAGUGGGAGCUCUCAGUGGAAGACAGAUUUAUAAAAAUGUGGUUCAUGCACUUGUAAGCAUACUAGAACAAGAAGGGAUCCAAGGGUUAUAUAGAGGGCUGGGACCUAGUUGCAUGAAGUUGGUGCCGGCCGCCGGAAUCUCUUUCAUGUGUUAUGAAGCAUGCAAGAGCAUUUUGAUAGAUGAUGAUGAGAAGCAAUAGGAUGAUGAGUCAAGUGCUUGCUUUCCGAUGAAGCCUGCUACAUACUCUGUUUAUUGAUAUUCUGUUAACUUAUUUUGGAAUUCUUUUAUAUUACUGGAUUUUUGGCCCCCCACAAAUCACAUUUUGUUGGUAUCAAUUGUGAAAAUAUAAUAAUCUUAUUUGCAAUUAAAUUUCAGAUUGAUUGAGAACUAUACUUUGUAAAAUGGUAGUUUGAGUGCUGGUUGAUUCUUUUUGAAGAGUAAUGUGUAGUAGUGAAAGAUUUUGAAUGCAGGUCCUUAAA